UUGCAACGGGGGCGGGGCAGAGGAUCGGCGAUACCGAAUCAGCAUCGUGUUGUCUAUUGGCCAUCGAUGAUGGAUGAUGUCAUCGUCUAUUGGCCCAACCCUAAUUUGGCGCUCUCCGAAAAUGUACAUAGGAGUACGUUUUCAGAUUGAGCCUGGGUUUAAACACAUGCAGAUGAUAAACUCAUUGAGCAAUUCAUGGUUCAAGUUUGCAAUGACUCAACAAAUCAUGUAAGGUUUGAACUGUAGAUCCUGUUCAACUACAAUAUCCUAAUCCAACCAUGUGACUAUUGCGGAUACACACAUUGGGAUAUCGAUGCUACAACAAUAUAUUGCACCACGCCAACCUAAAUCAUUAACUCACAAAUCAUUACAGCUCUUUUUGUAAUAAAUAUAUGAGCCCCUGAUGUGUCCAUGGCUAAAGGUCUCGUCGAGUGUUCAUCACAUCUGAAGAGUAACAUCACAAAGACGGCUAACAUGAGAGGCCUCGAGAUGUUGAUUAGUUCUGUCAGAUAUGAGCGACUGAGCACGGCAUCAUGGGAAAAGACGACAGACUCGAAGCCUGUCAAUGAGUCCGAGCCGCUGAGCUGAGUGAUAUCACGGAGAUAAUCAAAUCCCAAUUACAGCAGUUAAAGCCAGAACGAUGCUAUCAUCCUUUCUGGUGAGUUAUGCGAGACAUCUUUUUCGUCUUUAAUUGAAACAUAAAUCAGCCGCUAAAGAAACCGAGAAGACGUCAAUGGAAAUGAGACGGGGGAACAAGAAAGAGAGAGAUGAUAGGACUGAAAGGGAGAGGGAGGGGGAAUUGAGAGUAAAACAGCUGGACAGUGGAUCUCUAGCUCAGUGUUGAGAAGCAAAGCAAACGCAAUCACAUAUACGCAGCUUCCAGAGCAAAUACAAGUACAGCUUUGAGGAAUCUCGGGAGAAAUUCUGUCUGGGACUAUGAGAUGAGUGUCAUGGAGAGCUGUGGGAUUUAGCACGUUUGUUUUUUGCAUCAGAAAGAUUCUCAAAGCGGUCAGCGAUGUCUGGGAUGGACGGCUCGGUGGAGGAGCUCAACAACGCGACAGAAGUGAACAGCCAGAGUUUCCUGCGCUUCAGCCCUACAGUGUCCGUGUCCACCGGAGUGGCCGCUGCCUCCUACGGACGGACUGCUAAUGUUUACGUCUACAUCUCCAUCUUCCUCAGCCUGCUUCUGUUCCUGCUCACCCUCCUCAUCAUCGCUCUCCACCGGCUGAAGAACAUCAUCUCCUCCAGCUCCUCCUACCCAGAAUGCAGCAGCGACGCCGGCAGCUCCUUCACCAACAUGGAGAUCUGCAGCAUUUCCUCACAGAGAUCCACCGUGUCCUCGCUGUCCUGACAGAACAGAGACACCAUGAGCACACCAUGAUUGCUACACACAUUUGAGACAUCAUUUGCUAUACAUUAGGGCUGCACGGUAUUGGAAAAAUCUGAUAUUGCCAUAUUUUGGUUUUUAGUUGAAGUCAGAAUUAUUAGCCCCCCUGCAUAUAUUUUGCCCUAAUUUCUGUAUAACGGAGAGCAGACUUUCUCAACACAUUUCUAAACAUAAUAGUUUUAAUAACUCAUUUCUAAUAGCUGAUUUAUUUUCUUUGCCAUGAUGACAGUAAAUAAUAUUUGACUAGAUAUUUUUCAAGAUAUUAGUAUUCAGCUUAAAGUGACAUUUAAAGCCUCA